AUGUUGCCUCUACUAGUAGAUAUACCAUCAAUUGACGAGUUAAUUGCAGAAAUGAAAAGAGAGCUCAGAGAAAGUGCAGCUGUGAAGUCAAAUCAGUAUAAUUUUGAUUUUUUACUUGAUUUGCCUACCAGUGAAGGGAGAAGAUUUUCAUGGACGACUGAUCACGAAGGGAUAAUAUAUAUUUUUAUAAUAAAUUUUUCACUGGCUAUUAGAAAAAAUAAAUGUAUCAAUUUAUUUAAUUAAAAUAUACUUGGAGAAGAGAAAUUAAGAAGAAGGAAAAAUUGUUUUGUCGAGAUAGGAGAUGGCGGCGUAUUUGGUAUAGCCACAUACAACAAUUAA